AUGGGGGUUAUGAUACUACUGCACGUGCGUGCACGAGAUGAGACUGCAGAGAGAGAGAGAAUCGUGCUGGGCCGACUGUCCCGCCCGCUGCUCGUCCGUCUGCAUGGUUACUGCAUUGAACGUCUACGUCACAUCACCCUGCUGUUCCAUCACCCUGCUCCCACCUCACCCUGCUCCCACCUCACCCUGCUCCCACCUCACCCUGCUCCCACCUCACCCGGCUCCCACCUCACCCUGCUCCCACCUCACCCUGCUCUCGCCACACCCGCCUGUGCCUUGCAGAGAGAGAGAGAGGUGAUCGUGCUGGGGCGGCUGUCGCACCCGCUCCUCGUGCAUCUGCACGGCUACUGCAUGGAGGGGAACGAGGCUCUGCUCGUGUACGAGUUCAUGCCUGGUGGCAGCCUGGACAAGGCGCUAUUAGACAGUGCGAAGGGAGAGCUCUUCUUUAGCUGGGACAUGCGGCUCAAGGUGGCGGUGCAAGUAGCAGAGGCGCUGACGUACAUGCAUGCACUCAACAUCAUCCACCGCGAUUUGAAAGCCGCAAACGUGCUGCUGUCGCCUGAGUACGAUGCAAAGCUGACGGACUUUGGCAUGGUGCGAGUGGGGCCGGAUAGGCAGCUGCGGUCGAUUGUAUCAACUCGGCUCAUGGGCACUCAAGGCUAUAUCGACCCCUCGUACAUGGAGACAGGUCACCUGGGUCCCAAGAGCGACGUCUACUCCUUUGGCGUGCUAAUGUUUGAGCUGGUGACCGGCAGGACAGUGGCGGAGGGGGCAGAGAGGGUUGUAAACGAGGGCCAACGAAUCACCGUCGCCGGCAAAUCCGCGCGAGUAGUCGCUGUCCCAGCAUCCCGCAUCGUCGCGACCGCCGCCAGCAACCCCGACGCCGUCAGCGCCUCGAAGCGCUCCUUCCUCAAAAAGACCCUCGGCGCCGCGGCCGUCGGCCUCCCGCCGCUGGUCCUCGGCGGGAAAGCCAUGGCGGAGGGGGAGCAGCAAGCGGUUGCGUCAUCCCGCAUGUCGUAUUCGCGCUUCCUCGAAUAUCUCGACAUGGACCGCGUUAAGAAGGUCGACCUGUACGAGAACGGCACGAUCGCUAUCGUGGAAGCGGUGAGCCCUGAGCUGGGCAACCGCAUUCAGCGCGUGCGCGUGCAGCUGCCGGGGCUCUCCGGCGAACUCCUCGCGAAGUUCCGCGAAAAUAACAUUGACUUCGCCGCGCACAACCCGCAAGAGGACUCGGGCGCCGUCUUCAUGAACGUUCUCGGAAACCUCGCGUUCCCGCUGCUGCUCGUCGGCGGCCUCUUCCUCCUGUCGCGGCGAUCCCAAGGCAUGGGCCCGGGCGGUCCGGGCGGCCCAAUGGCGUUCGGGCAGUCUAAGGCGAAAUUUCAGAUGGAGCCGAACACGGGCGUUACCUUUAACGACGUCGCGGGAGUCGACGAGGCGAAGCAGGAUUUCAUGGAGGUCGUCGAGUUCCUGAAGCGUCCGGAGCGCUUCACCGCCGUCGGAGCGCGGAUUCCCAAGGGUGUGCUGCUCGUCGGCCCGCCCGGCACGGGUAAGACGCUCCUCGCGAAGGCUAUUGCCGGCGAGGCCGCGGUACCGUUCUUUUCGAUCUCCGGGUCGGAGUUCGUUGAGAUGUUUGUCGGUGUCGGCGCGUCGCGCGUGCGCGAUUUGUUCAAGAAGGCCAAGGAGAACGCUCCCUGCAUCGUUUUCGUUGAUGAAAUCGACGCCGUUGGUCGCCAGCGUGGUACCGGAAUUGGCGGCGGGAACGACGAGCGCGAGCAGACGCUGAACCAGCUUCUAACGGAGAUGGACGGUUUCGAGGGCAACACGGGUGUCAUCGUUAUCGCGGCGACCAAUCGCGCGGAUAUUCUGGACGCGGCGCUGCUGCGUCCCGGGCGAUUCGACCGUCAGGUGUCCGUCGACGUCCCGGAUAUCAAGGGACGUAAGGAGAUUCUCAAGGUGCAUGCGUCCAACAAGAAAUUCGCAGAUGACGUCAACCUCGAUGUUGUCGCGGCGCGCACGCCCGGAUUCAGCGGCGCGGAUCUCGCGAACCUGCUGAACGAGGCUGCGAUCUUGACCGGGCGGCGCGGCAAGACGGCGAUCUCGUCCAAGGAGAUCGACGAUGCGAUUGAUAGGAUCGUGGCGGGUCUUGAGGGAACGGUGAUGACGGACGGCAAGAGCAAGAGCCUGGUUGCCUACCACGAAGUCGGCCACGCCAUCUGCGGCACGCUCACGCCCGGGCACGACGCCGUGCAGAAGGUGACGCUGGUGCCACGUGGCCAGGCGCGCGGGCUGACGUGGUUCAUCCCGAACGACGACCCGUCGCUUAUCUCGAAGCAGCAGAUCUUUGCGCGCAUCGUCGGCGCGCUGGGUGGCCGCGCCGCGGAGGAGGUGGUGUUUGGCGACGCGGAGGUGACCACGGGCGCCUCAAGCGACUUGCAGCAAGUCACUGGCAUGGCCAAGCAGAUGGUUACUGUCUUCGGCAUGUCUGACAUUGGCCCAUGGGCUCUCAUGGACCCCGCUGGCCAGGGCGGUGACGUCAUCAUGCGCAUGAUGGCGCGCAACAGCAUGUCUGAGAAGCUCGCAGAGGACAUUGACGCCGCCGUUAAAUCCAUCUCCGAUGAGGCUUAUGAGGUUGCUCUGGCGCACAUCAGGAACAACCGCGAGGCGAUUGAUAAGAUUGUGGAGGUGCUGGUUGAGAAGGAGACGCUGAGCGGGGAUGAGUUCCGGGCGAUCCUGUCGGAAUUCACGGAGAUUCCCAAGGAGAACAUGAACUUCACCCCCAUCACUGCCUGA